GGAGUUGGAAGUUUACGGAGACUGCGCUUGGCCGGAAUGAAGAAGACACGAGGCCAGCAACAAUAAAACACAUCGAACCACGGGGGUUGCACGGGAAAUGUAAUGAAAGAGCGUGCGGAGAUUCGGUGGGAUUGCACGGCGGUGGCGGCUGACAUGCGGUCGUAGACAGAUUAUUUUGAUAGAAGCAAGUGAAGCCAGUUAGCGAGCUAGCCAACCACCAAGCCUAGCGGGAAGUGCCCAGGAGAAGUCGCGGGUUGAAGGGAAGUGUUUCUUUGACAAUCGUUUGACAAAGGAGCAGUUGGAAAGAUUUGACGCCAGCUAGCGAGAUCCAAGCCGCAGACCGUGCUCACAACACCCGUUAACGUGCUAAAUGCUCGUUUGUGUUCUAUCAUGCCUUCUAGCGCUCGUUGUUGAAGUGUCUGCCUACUACUGUCUGUGGACUGUUUGGGUGCAGCAACGCCUGCAUCCGUGCCCGAUAGCCACACACUAGCUAGCUGAUAUUACAUUGGAUUAUAGCUAACAGCGUGGAACUACUGUCACCGUACCUCGCUUCAACGUCAAAAGACGCACAUUUUGUUGUCAACUCGGAGGGAGAGUUCUUAGCAAGAUAUCUAGCCGUCUCUCGCUGUGUCAUGACAUUCACCUGCAAGUCAAGUCCUUCCGAAGAGUAUGCAGGAUAAGAACAUUUGGCGUAAGUAGAUAAGGGGGGGACAGGAAUCCUACAUUGAAGUCGGCAACUGUCGACUGAAGUUGCCCAAAGGACUGUAUUUGGAGGUCAGUAGUCUCGACAGCACAGCAUGAAGAAGUUCUCCCGUAUGCCGAAGUCGGAGAGCGGCGGGCUGGGAGGGGGCUCCGGAUCGGGCUCCGGAAUCGUCAGCAACUACUUUGGGAAAGUGUUCGCCGUGGGCCGGUAUCAAGUCACCGUGGAAGAACUCAUAGCAGAAGGUGGCUUCUCAGUGGUGUUCCUGGCCCGGACACACAGUGGCGUGCGCUGCGCUCUCAAGAGGAUGUAUGUCAACAACGUUCCUGACCUCAACAUCUACAAGAGAGAGAUCACUAUUAUGAAGGAGCUGUCUGGUCAUAGGAACAUAGUGAACUACCUGGACUCUACCAUCAACUCAGUAGGGGACAGUGUCUGGGAGGUUCUCAUUCUCAUGGAGUACUGUAAAGCUGGUCAGGUAGUGAAGCAGAUGAACCAGCGUCUCCAUAAAGGGUUUACAGAGCCAGAGGUGUUGACCAUCUUCACUGACACCUGUGAGGCUGUGGCCAGGCUGCACCAGUGUAGAACACCUGUCAUACACAGGGACCUGAAGGUAGAGAACAUCCUCCUGAGUGAUAAUGGGAGUUAUGUUCUGUGUGAUUUCGGAAGUGCUUCUCACAAGGUGCUGCUCCCACACAAAGACGGAGUGACUGCCGUGGAGGACGAAAUCAAGAAGUACACCACCCUGUCAUAUCGAGCUCCAGAGAUGAUCAACGUGUACGCUGGGAAAGCCAUUACCACCAAGGCUGAUAUAUGGGCUCUCGGUUGCUUGUUGUACAAGCUGUGUUUCUUCUCUCUCCCGUUCGGGGAGAGUCAAGUCGCCAUAUGUGACGGAACCUUUAUCGUUCCUGACAAUUCCAAAUUCUCCUUCAAGUUGCACUGCUUAAUCAGAUAUAUGCUUGAGCCUGAUCAUGAGAAGAGACCAGAUAUCUAUCAAGUCUCCUACUUUGCCUUCAAGUUAGCUGGAAAGGAGUGUCCCGUGCCAAAUCUCUUUAACUCUCCUCUCCCGACGUCACUUCCUGAGCCACUCACAGCCAGCGAGGUUGCUGCUAGGAAGAGCAAGACGAAAGCCAGAAUCACAGAGUCCGUGGGCCCGACGGCAACUUCAAUCACUCCGAGACAGAGACCCAAAGCUGCCAACAGUAAUGUGCUACCCAUCCCUGUAGCCAACACUGCUGUCACCCCAAUCGCUUUCACGCCCAUCGUCACCCCCACGGCUGUGCCUUCUGUACCUGUUAGCAAUGGGCAGAAAGCGACUACCCCAGGGAACGGGCAGCCGGUGGCUCCGCAGACAGCCAACAGGAUCCUCCAACAGCUGCAACCUGGAGACCUGCGUCUGCAACAACAACAACAACAACAAGAUCAACAACAUCCUGUCCAUCCACAGCAACCAAACGCACAGCAGCUCCAAUACCUUCAGUACCAGCAGGUCCUUCAGCAGUCGAUCCAGCUCCAACAACCACAGCAGCAGGCCCUGCUCCAACAACAGAUGAUGAUGAUGCAGCCCAUGUAUCAGCAGGCCCAGGCCCAGGCCCACUACACAGCCAUGAUGCAUCAGUACCAACAGGCUUUUGCACAACAACAACAACAACGCCAGCAACUACAACAACAUCCCACCCAGCAGCCCUAUGUCACCUCUCAUCUGGAGUACCAGCUUCCCCUAGGCUCCUAUAACCCAGCUGGGCCUGGGACUAUGUCUGGGCCUGUGACUGGGACUAUGUCUGGGCCUGUGACUGGGACUAUGUCUGGGCCUGUGACUGGGACUAUGUCUGGGCCUGUGACUACGUCCCCUGUUGAGCCUCCAUCCACUAACACCAGAAACCAUCUGGUGGACCUAAAGGUGACCACCCCUCCCCCCCAGACCCUGGUCACUCCCCAGAGCCACCCUCCUGACAUGUCCCGCUGGAACCCCUUUGGAGAGGACAACUUCUUCAAACUCACAGAGGAGGAGCUGCUGGACCGAGAGUUCGACCGCCUCAGAGCAAGUAAACCUGUGGAGAGAACCACUAGCCAGGAGGAAGACCGACCGCUGCAGCCAAUCACCCCCGCCGCCAAGCCCCUCCUCCCUGAAGACCUGUUUGGCUCCUCCCCCUUCCUGGCCAGCGCAGGUUCUAGUGUGAGGAUGACAGAUCAGCCUAUUGAAGAGCUCAGUAUCCCAGUCGCUGCCCUCGUACCUGUAGGCCAGCCAGCCCUUGAGGAAGAGCUGCAACCUCCGGUGGCAAAGGAGCACAAACCAAGUAGGAGGAGAAACUCUCCUGCCGGCGGUUCACAAACGACUCGCAAACCAGGGGGAGAUGAAUCAGACAGCGACUUUGAGUCAGAUCCUCCUUCCCCUAAGAGCAGCGAGGAGGAAGAUGAGCCGGAGAAGGACGAAGGUCUGAACAACGAGCACAGAGAGUUCUUCAACGAACUGGAAGAUGUGGAGGAAACAGAGAUGCUGGGACAUAGGCCUCUGCUGAUGGACUCAGAGGCUGAGGAAGAGUACGACAAACACAGCUCUGACUCGGACUAUGAACCCAGGAAGGUUAAGGGAGGACGUACUAGGAGGCUAAAAGGAGGAGUGGCGGCAGAUGCGGCUACUGCCACCCAUGAGGGAAGUCCGAGAGCGGAGUCAGAAGACACUCUAAUCACGAUAACGCCUCCCGAGUCGCCAGGUGUGGUGGCUGUUAGACUGCCCCCUAGUGUCGGUGGCAUUGUGGACGUGUUUGGUACGGAUGUGUUUGGUGCUGUGCCCUUCUUUCCUCCAGCGGCAGCCCCGGCAGAAAGCGCAGACAUCUUCUCCGCGGCUCCCUUCAGGCAGGCGAGCCAGGAGGCCAUAGUCAACCAGCCCGACCAGGCCAUGGAAGAGUUAGACGUCUUUACUAAGGCUCCGUUCAGCCGGAACCUCUCCAAAUCUGGCAAGACCGGAAGCAGCGACUUCUUCUCUAUGGGUCGGACUCUGCCGGUGUCCUCUGAAAUCAUCGACCCGUUCGGCUUCUCCCCCUUCCAGCCCGGCCCCACGGCUCCGCCACCAUCCACCUCCAGGAGCGCCGAGGACAUCUUCCGUCCGGCCUUCGAGGAUUCUCCCAGCCCAGAGCAGCAGAGGCUGAAGCAGCGCAGCCUCCAGAAGCUGUCUUCACGGCAGAGGAAGCUCUCUGCCGGCACCGGCGGUGGCAGCAAUGGCAAGCGCCACCACAGCACGCCCACCGGCGGCCGCAGGAGCAACAAGCCCAGCUUCCGUACGCCGGAGCGUGUCCGCCGGCACAAGAAGGUUGGCAGGAGGGACUCUCAGAGCUCCAACGAGUUCCUCAGCACCUCAGACUCCAAGGAGAACAUCAGCGUCGGCAGUGUAACGAUGGCCGACACCGGCAAAGACAAAGGGGCUUCCCUGCCUAGCCUUCCCAGUGAGGUCGACCCAAUCUUGGACCCCUUCGGAGCCAAUCCCUUUGGUCCUCAGGAUGGCAGCCGACUUAACCAGGGCCAGUACCAAGGUCUUCUGGGGGAUGGCAAAGCAGACAUGGGUUCGGCCAAUGGCAGGCCUCGGACUAGCUCCCUCCACGAUGCGCUUGGGGACGGGAACAUCAUGGAUGACUUUGGGGCGGUACCCUUCACAGAACUGGUGGUCCACCCUGGGCCUCAACAGCAGCCGUCACAGCCAGUGGAGCUGGACCCCUUCGGGGCUGCGCCUUUCCUUUCCAAACAGUGAAUGUCUUCCUAGUCUUCCCGACACACACACUGCUGUGUUACACCAAGCCUAUGGAGUCCCGGGGAGAAAUUCCCUUCCAAGGGAUGGCAACAAGCUUGGUGGUGUGGUAGUUGAUUAUCUUUUCAGCCAAAUUUAACCGCAACCGGCAACUGCCCUAAUGAGUGUUCCCAAUGCUUUUCUCCCCCCUAAUGGAUAUUUUAAUACAUUAAUAACUGGACUUUCGGAUUAACAAAACCAACGUAAACCUGUGGAUUAUGGGCGAUUUUAUUUCAGUUCUGUAUGCAUUUCCUGUACCUGUUUGCUGACAAGCCUUUUAUGCUGCAUCACACUGAGACAUGGAGAUCGAUCCGGUUUCACUCAAGAUCGUACUGUGUCAAACAACAAGCUCGCUCAGUGAUCGACUGCUUGAGUUGCUGCAAAAACAACACCUUUUGUAUAGAUUGUGGCCUCCUUCAUGAUCUACCAAUAAGAUUGAUUAAUUUAGCACCAUAAAGCCUUAUGGGCAUGGCUCCGCCUUGCUGCACAGUUACCUUGGAAACCAUUGUCUAAGCAAAUGGCUAACAUUGCCUUUUGUGUCAACUGAGUAAUUCCUUUAAGAGUAGGCCUUUAUCAUUUCACCCUACUUAGACCCUUUUCAUUUCUAUGCAUAUUUUUACAUUUAGUCUAUUUACAGUAGAUACAGCUAAUUUGUUUUGGAUUUUUAUUGCACUUUUAUUAUUUAGGAAAUGUUUCAUUUUAGGUUUGUUUCCAGACUUAACCUGUCAGUAAGUACUGUUCGAUGUGAUCUUUUACCUCAACACAUUUAUUUUUUUUAAUCGUUAUAUAAUUUUUGAAUAAGGGGAAAAACACAACCCAUUUUCCCACACGCCGAUACUGAAUCUAAUCUAGAUCAGACUACUUCCACCUCUUGAGACAGUCUCCUAUCUUUCAUCUGUCGGGAACAUAAGCCAUGCCAAAGCAGGUCUGGUGUCCAAAAUGUUUUAAAUUUAUGCACUUUCAGCAUCAACUCUUCCAUUGUCUAGUAAUAAUGGCAAUUAUGAAUCUGAGGUUACAGAAAGGACAAAUAUGUUGCUGUCUGAUAACCUUGUAACUCAAUAAUUAUUGUUUAGUUUUUUUUACAUGUAUUGAAACUCUCAAUGUACUCUGAACAUUUCAUGACUCGGACCAAGAAGCUAUUCAAAAUAGCUUCUGAAGUUUUCAUAAUUGUAUGUUCAUUAAUGGGAAAAAAUUGUAAUUUUUUGAAUUUCCUGAAAAGUUUGUUUAGGAGAUGAGGUUCUCAGACAGUGACGAUAUGUACCUACCUUUGGCACAUUAACUUUGACUUAAAAAGCUGGUAGCUGCCUUUUCACCUAUCCUAUGGAACCCUGUGAUUUAAUAUUUUAACAUGUUUCAUUUUUAUUUAAGGUUCAUCUUGUUUUGUAUUUAUCAUGCUAUACUGCUGUCUAAUAAUGCAAUAUUUUUGGGGGGAUUAAAUGUGUAUUGUCCUUGGAAAGUCAUGUAAUGCAAAUUUCUAGCAAUAUUGAUUUUAUUCAUAACCCAAGUUUGAGUAAUAAAGUA